AUGGAAGGUUGUGAGUUGUAUUUUUCAGAUCCUCCCGCAGGAGAGAAAAAAGGUGUGCUGAAGUCAAUUGAUAGAGAUAUUGCUUUGGCACAGGUAGAGACUGAAAAGAAAUUGUCCAUCAUCAAGGCAUGGGAGGAGAGUGAGAAAGCUAAAGCUGAAAACAAAUCUCAAAAGAAGUUGUCAGCUAUAUCAUCAUGGGAGAACUCGAAGAAAGCAGAUUAUGAAGCAGAGCUGAAAAAGAUGGAGCAAAAAUUAGAGAACAAGAAGGCAGAAUAUGCUGAGACAAUGAAAAACAAAAUUGCUAUGAUUCACAAAGCAGCAGAAGAGAAGAGAGCAACGACUGAGGCUAUGCGCAGUGAAGAGCUAUUGAAGGCAGAAGAAAGUGCAGCAAAAUAUCGCGCCACAGGGCAGAUGCCAAAGCAAGGUUGUAGCUGCUUCAGCUCAUGAGAAAUGGAGCCAGUAACAAGGUGUUAUCUCAUGCAUGCUUUCUAUGUUAUGGUGUGUUACUGAGAACUUCAGCUUGUACAUUGUAAGAAAAUGAAAGGUGUUUAAUUUACAA